GUGAAACAGGACUGAAGUCCAGCGGAUGAAGGGCGGAAGAAGAGUAUCCAAUGCUGCAAUCAUGGCGCAAGAAAAGGAAGAUGUUAGAGAUUACAAUUUGACUGAGGAGCAGAAGGCGAUCAAGGCCAAGUAUCCUCCAGUCAAUCGGAAGUACGAGUAUUUGGAUCAUACAGCGGAUGUCCAGUUACAUGCAUGGGGAGAUACUCUGGAAGAAGCAUUCGAACAGUGUGCAAUGGCCAUGUUUGGUUACAUGACAGAUACCGGGACUGUGGAGCCCCUCCAAACAAUAGAAGUAGAAACCCAAGGAGAUGACUUACAAUCUCUUCUCUUUCACUUUUUGGAUGAGUGGCUUUAUAAGUUCAGUGCUGAUGAAUUCUUCAUACCCCGGGAAGUGAAAGUACUUAAUAUUGAUCAGAGAACUUUCAAAUUACGGUCAAUUGGGUGGGGAGAGGAAUUCUCAUUGUCCAAGCACCCUCAGGGAACUGAAGUCAAGGCAAUAACAUACUCAGCAAUGCAGGUCUAUAAUGAGGAGAAGCCAGAAGUUUUUGUGAUCAUCGACAUUUAAGAUACUCCCCCCCAAAAAGAUUUGUGAAGAACUGUUUUUUCUCUUCCAUAUUAGAAGAUACCAUGAUAUAAAUUCUAUAGUAUCUGACGAUAUAUGGAGAUUUGCAGAAAAGAAAUUUUUAAAGUGUAACUUUUAGAAAUGGAAGAUCAAGGCACAUCCUUGGUCUAUGUUAACCAAAUAUUGUAACGUUAAAGAGUUCUUCAGGUGGCAAGUAUGGUUCUUCAUUGGUUAAUUCCUGCCGUAACAGCAGGUACUUCACACCCUGCCAGUGGAAGGUCAGCCCUCCAGCCUGGUCCCAAAAGGGAUCAUUGGUGUUAGCAGCAGUAUGAGAGACUCUGAAGACUCUGUGCUCUCGGAUACAGUUUGGAAAAAUAAUUACAAUUUGAGAAAUCCUACAAUCAGGAUUUUGCUUUUCCUCCGAAGUAAGACCUAUGUUUCUACAUGUACCUUAAGAGAGAUUGUAUUUUAGAUUGUUGUGGAACACAGCCAUCCUGUAUUCCAGUUGGUUUUCUCAGAAGAAAUAAUUAUAGUUAAACAAUUUGAAGACUUCUCUACAAAGAGCCCUCAUUUUCUAUCUCACUUUUUUUAAAGCACUGAUAUAUUGACAACUUUCCUGUUUUCCUGUAAGAAAAAUUUGAUGCCCUUACUAAUGGGCCCUUCCUUCUAACAUGUAUUUUAUAUUAAAGCCAGUAUAUUUAUACAAUUAGAGAGGAAAAGGGGAAUUCUUAAAAUUUCUUCUGUUUUGAAAAAUUGCCUAAGCUCUUCAUUACUAAGGAUACAGAAGAGGCCAGGAAAACAACUUUCAAAAGAUCUGAACUUUUUAAAGUAGAUAACUUUUAAGAAAUGAAACUGCUUUAGGUGACUUGCAUCAUUAUUUUACUCUUUUAAUUGAGGUAUUCUUUCUUGUGAUGCAAGAGUGCAAGGUUGCUAUUUAUUCACAAAUACAAGAUUGCCACUGGGUGGUGCCAAAUAUCAUUAUAGUAGGCCAAACUUGACCUAAAAGGAGGAGAUAGUGAGCUUUCUCAGUGUUUUCUCUGAGCACUACAUUCUUUUUCUCUGAGUAUUUAACAGAAAGUAGAGGUGAUGAAGACUAGGCCAAGAGCAUGUGGUUUGAAUAGUAGCUCUUCAAAUAAAUGAAUACAUAGCAGGAUCACUGGGUUAGUGCUUCUUGCCCUUCUUUAAUCUCAGGCACAUUUUCAAAUUUGAAUUGUGGCCCUCUGAGCAAAAAAAUGUCUAGAAGAACCAAUUUACCUUUCGUUAGGAUGAAUUUCUAGGCUGAGAUGGACACUUUCUUUUUCAUGGACCCCUUUGCAGAUCAUGACGGGGUGGGGGUGGUUGUAAAAAUGAACAAGGGGAUACCAUUAAGGCAAUGGAAGAACCAAGUCUAGAAUAAGAAGAGCUCUUGGGGUGUAUUAAGCCAAGUAGGUAUAAACUUGACUAGGAGAAAAAAGCAUAACCACAUCUCUUACCACCAGUGCCAUAUAAUGGGGUUCAGUAAAAACAAGUCAGAUGUAAUUAUGCAAUACAAAUUGUUUCUUGUAAAUUUAAAAAAUCAGUUUGUUAGUUUUAAAAUAAGCCAAAAUGAAGAUAUCGAAUAAAAGGGAAAUGAGUAUGUUACCCUUUAUAAAAUAUAGUUGGCAUACACGUUUCCCCAGCCUUCCCAGGAUAGUUAAGAAUCUUAUUGAGUAAAUGAAGAGAAAGGGAGUCAUCUUGGAAUUAUACUUGGAGCUGUGGAAUUUAAACACUACUGUGGUAACAUUUUUAUUUUGGGGGGGUAGUGAUUAAUAGCACAAACGAGCCAGAUCACUAGGGUUCAAGUCCUGGUUCUACCACUUACUAACUGCCCACUUUGGGCAUGUUGCUUAACCUCGUUGUGCCUUAAUUUCCUCAUUUUAAGGGGUGAUGGCUAUACUUGCAGGGUUGUUGAGAGGGUUAAAUAAAUGUAUACACAUAAAGCUGUUAGGAUAGUUCUGACACAUAAAUGCUCAGUAAAUGAGGGCUAGUAUUAUUGGGGCAAGCAUAAAUGCUAACAGCCCCCUUACUUUUCUCCUUAGUUUUUAAAAAGACCACAGUGGUUGGUUAGGGGGGGUGUCCAGCCUAGAGACAACCUUGAUAGCCAGUGCCAUUCUGCUAGAGUCUGUUCAUUAAGAGUAAACAAAGCCACUCCUUUCUGCUUCUUCCUCUCCUGCUUCUCUACUCCAGGUCCUUCUUGUGUUGAGUUUUCUUUCUAACAUAUGGGAGUUGAGCAUCUAUAUAUAAAUAUAAGAUAAAGAUAGGAGCCAAAGCCUCUGCCCCGUUUCCUUCCUGAAACUUCCUCUCUGAUCUUGACCAAGUCUUAUCACCAGUCAAAGCCUCAGUUACAUCUGCCGUAAUAGUACCAACCUCACGUGGCUGUCAGGAUUAAAAUUUGUCGUUCAGUGUUUUUCUUGAGUUAUGGGGGAAAAAAAAGUUAUGACUCCCUCAAAAAGAAAGAGGGAAGGAGAGGGGAAAAAAGGCAUUCUGGGUAAACGAGAACAUCACUGAGGUGCCCCAGUGUAAUCGGAAUCUGUUCCCUGAGCGGGAGUUGUUCUCCGCCUGCCGGCCCAGGCUUCGCCCUGCCUGCCACGUGCCUUUCCCCGGCUCCUAUUGGCUCAGCCAGACUCCACGGUGUGUUGGGGGGUGGGGGUGCAGGGGUCCACAAGCGACUUGGAGGACACCCAGGGUAGUGGGGCAGUUUCUUGCACAAGACCACAAUAUCGUAACCGAGUAGGGAUAAUAUAGACUAGUUCUCCCGGCAGUAAGGCGAUGGUUUUAGGCACCCGUAGGCAUUUCCUGCGUGAGCUCGAAUCCCCGCAGCCCUUGGAGUCGUCGGUGGCUUUGGGUGUAUUCUCGUCUGUUUGUCUCUAAAUAGGGAGGGUGUCAGUGCCUACCUCAGAGUCCUGGGAUCUAGUAGGUCCUCGGCAAAUGUAGACUCCAUAUUGGGCGCCCACUAUUGCACUACAGGAUAUUUCUAUUCAAAUCCCUACUCUCCACCCACUGCCACCGACUCUAGCUUUGGUGCCUGGCAGGUUGGGGCCUCUCCAUAGGCCUAGCUGCAGGUCUAGUCUUUCCUGAAAAUAAGACAUAAAGCUACGCGAUCACCUGCCUGAGCGGAAUAAAUGUCUUGCCGAUUAGGGGAGAAAACACUUGGGCUUUCAUGUUUUACUGUGGCCCCAAAAUACUGGAGCAUCUGGUGCCAAUUUAUAGGCACCGUUUUCCACUGCUGUGUUCCUCGUAGAUUUUUUUCCUCCAGGAGAAAAGUUUUGUCAGCUCAAAUACAAAACAAACUACAGUUUCUAUUUUAUUUCAGCAUUUAACCAUUUUGAAUGAUGCAUAAAGUGCCACUUCAUCAUUGGAUGCGUUUUUGUUGUUGUUUAUCUGUAAGAGACUAAGCAAGAGAGUAUCUGUAUAUACAAUACUGCUGAAGGGAUAUACUUGUGUUGGAAUUGCAAACAUAACCUUAAACGUUUGGCAUGAGGAUGGUACUCUACUCAAAAGUCGUUUCAAGUUUUUUUAAAAAAUUUUAAUGGCAAUACGUGAAGCUAAGAAAUUUUUGUUUCCAAAUUUGUCCGAGGUCUCCUUUAGGUAAUACAUCUUAGUUGAGUACUAUUUCUCUAGUGCAACGUUUAACUUUAAUAAAAAAUAAUUUAAUUCAUUGAUGGAAUUCUAGUAUGUAGCAAUUAAGUUUCAUGGUGCUUGGAGAGAUUUCUGGUUCCGAGCAAAGAAAACAUUAAAGCUUGUGAAAUUUAAGGAUAUAGUAUUUCAGUCACAUAUUCCUAAUAUAGUUCUUUUAUUAGUCUGAAGUACUAUGUGAAUUCCCAGAAUGCAAUACCCAUAAUCAAAUAUAAUACAAAUGCAUCUAAAAGUAAAAAUCGCUAUUUUAAGACUACCUACUAAUUUAUUUUUCAAAUUAUUUGUCCCUACCAAAAACUGUAGUUAAGGGAACAUAUAUAGUAUCUUGAAAUUCCACAAAAUUAAUAUUUUCUUGGACUGGGUAUCUUUAAUUGUCCUUAAUAGGAUUGAGAACCAGUGGUCUAGAAGGUCAAAUGACCCAACUGCCCAUCCCCAGCAUCUGUAUAGGGAAGAUAGAGGGAAAUCUUAAAGAAGGCACCUAUUUUGCACAUAAAAACUGCUGGGAAAAUUUCGAAAAUACUUACACCCAGAAUCCAUCUGCUGGAGAGUCUGAAUUUCCCUAAGCAUCUGUAUUGUUUAAAAUUCCAUAAGUGAUUCUAAUGUGCAGCCAAAGUUGAGAACUAUGGUCUACGCAGAAAUGUUGUUCCAUUUUUUCUCCUUAUGGGCUGAAUAAAAACAAAUUACUCUUUAACAAAGGAAUUAAGUAGUUGUAAAUAAUAUCAACACAAAUUAAAAAUUUUCCCAAUGGGAAAAUCAAGAAAUGAUAUAAUGGAUUUGUGUAUUUAGAAAUCUGCAAAAUGAAGUAUAAUAAAUUCUAGAUGUACUUUAUAAGCUGUAUUCAAUGUAAUAAUGUUUGCAAAUGUUCUCAUCAAGCCCAAAAGUAAAGGGAUGGGGAAAGUAUACAUUUCAAAAUAUAUUGCCUUCAAAAGUUGAG